AUGAAGGACUACGAAGUCCUUCGCGACGAGAAGGCCGAGUUCACAGAACCUUGCUUCGACCUCGGCCUCGCGUACGAGCUCGAUCGUCUGGGAAAAGGCGACAGGAUGAUCCUGAUCCGCGGGGCGAGUCUUCGCGCUGCCAGGACGGCGUCGAAGGCGGACUAUCUGAUUUUCGGGUCGGCCUUCGGCUUCGAAGCCCUCGCCAUCCCCCUGUGCACCGGUGGCGGACCUCUUCCCGGCAGGCACUGCAGCGUCCUGCUUGUUGUGCGCCCUGGCGACCUGCUUUUGCCCGACGAGGAGGAGAUCGGGACGCUCUACCGCCACCUCGACCCCAAAACCUCCUCCAAGCGGCACGAGGAGGAGGCAGCCAACGUUUUGAGGUUUUUCGGCGAAUGCGUGAAGGCGGAGUUGAACCGUGGGGGAAGGCAGUGGACGGCUGCGCCUCCUUCUGCCAAAGUCCUCUCCGAACGUCUGGAGAGUCUUGCCGCCCCCAUCCGUGAUGUGAGUUUCCAACGUCCAUGUUGCCUUGUCGCCUGGGCUAUCGUCGUCCAGGCGUCGACUCACCCUUUUCGUCGGCGCCAUGUGAUUCGGAUGUUGAUGCAGAAAUUGCCCGACAUCCUCAAGGAGGAGGUCGCCGGCACGGGGCUGUUGGCGGUCAACGCGUUCGCGUGGUCGUUGGAGCAUCUGGACGACGCGCAUCGCAGCUACGAUCCGCUCAUCGUCGAGAACCCGAAGAUGGUCGGCUUGAAGGCGCUCCGACUGGAGCUGCUGCACCACGCGGAGAAGGCCGCGUCGAACAAAGUGGAGGCGGCGUCGACCGUGGGCCGUGGCGUCGGAACCGGCAUCGCUCUGGGUGGGGAGGAGGAGCACGAGAGGGAGGACGUCGAGGGGGGCGGGGAGCACGACGGUGGCUCGGAAGAAGAGGAGGACGUGGAGCGUGAGGAGGACGACGUGGCUGUCACCGGCGAAAAGGAGGCAGUACAGUUCGCCGGUGAGAAGGUUGCGGAUAAGAGCGGCGGCAGCGGACCCAAGUUGGGCAAGAAGGCCCGGGGCAGCAGUGGCUCGACCCCGACUAGGAUGGCGUCAAAGGCGGCUAUCGAGCGUCUGAAGGCGGCGGAGAGGGAGAUCAAGAAGCUGAGGGAGGAGAAGCUGGUGGCGGAAAAGAGGUUGGAGUUCCAGACGGCCCGGAACGACACGAUGUACGGCGUGGUCACCUCGGCCGUGAACAAGCUCACUACAGUCGCCGAGGGCGUGACCCAUCUCGAGCAGACGUCGGGGAGGAGCAUCCAAACGGCGGUGGACGCUAUGAGGGCGGUCGUGCAGGAGGCGGUGAGCUAUCGCGGCUCCACCCUAGAAUUCAUGAACACACAAUGGCUGCCCACCGUGCAGGCCCUGCACUUGACGGCUACUGCUGCACAGGGUAGGCGACGGGAGGACGACCUCCUGCUGCUUCGAGGUGUGGCAGAUGCUCUUGGCCAGAAGAUCAAAACAGUCGUGUCUGCCGAGGUGAAGGCCGCCAUGGAGGGCGAGGCGCAGCGGAUCGCCGCUGCCGUGACUGCGAAGGUCGUCCAAGAGCUUAGGGACGACCUGGUGAAGGUGGUCACCUCCGUGACCCAACGGGGCAUUGGCACCGCCGGGUUUAGCCUCCUCCCAACUGCUCUCGCGUCGGUGAUGCACGGCGGUCGCGCAACCGCCGAGGAGAGUGGGCCGGCCCCAAGGCAGUCGGGGAAAAGGGUCGCCGACGAAAAAUCCCUGACCGGCGACCAGACCAGCGGCUCUAAGCGAAGCAGAGGACCUGCGGUGAAACGCGGUGUGGGCGUGGAUCCUCCUGCCCCUCUGUAUGUUCGUAUCCCCGGCGUCCACGACUUGCUGAAAGAUGGACUUGGCGCGCGACCGAGCGUAGAUUUUCGACAGGUCGACGUCGCGCUCCAGGAUCCUCAGUCUGUGGUCGGGAAGACCGGUGGGCAGCCCGUGGGGGACAAGCAGCCACAGGCCCCGACCGAUCCGCCGAGCGCACACAACGCGCCACCGAGCUGCGACCAGGCGGUCGACCAAGGAGCAGAGGCAGCGAACGUCGCGGCGGCGACUGCAGGUCCGAGUGGCUCAACGGUGGAGGCGGCUGUGUGGAGAGCGGCGGAAGAGGCCGGCGGGGUGGACGAAGAGAUCCUCGCCAGCAUCGUGAUGCCGGACCCGGAAAUUGAGGUCAUGCGGGAAAAACUACAAGCAGCAGCUCCCACCGUGGGAGCGCAACAGGGUGCACCAGCCGCCUCGACUGCUCCUGCGGAGGACCAUAGCGCGGCUGGCGCCAAAUCCCCCCCGGCCACAACCGGUGAGGUCGGCGAUGGGAAGCAGAAGCGCAAGGGCAAGGACAAGGCGAAGGGCGGCCCGGCGAAGGUCGGCUCUUCCAAGGGGACGUCCAAAGCGGCCGCGCAGGGUCGGAAGGGUUCAGGCGUCCGCGUUGACCCUUCAAAUGGGCUGGCCGUCUCGGAGAUGAAGUUUGGGAAGAAGAGCCGUUACAUCUGCCGGUCGAUGGACAAGUCCGAGGCCGCCUACUGCAUCGCUGUCGCCGUUUCGUCGUUCGACGGCUUCGUCAGCGACGUGGUUCUCGAGGAGUUCGGUGGGGUCAAGGAGGAAGUGAUGGCGCAGUAUAAGGCGGACUGGAAUGUGGCGCGAUUGAUUCCGGGGGGCAUGUGGAUGGUCAUGUGGAGCCGAGGGGCGAACGUCUUCCGCGACAGGUUCCAACAGGUGGUCGCGGAAUACAACAGGAUAACCGGAGCCGACCGCGCAGCUCUCAUGUUGGCUCUUCGCCCGGCGGUGUGGUUCGGCGACCUUCCGGAGUCGAACGAGCCCGAGAAGGCCGCGAAGAAGAAGGUGGCGAGCGACAUGAUCGCACGCGUUUCGAUGUGUGCCGCCUUCGCACCGGUGGCCGCAAAAGUGACGCCCAUUCCGGGCGUCGGGUCGGAGCGGUUGUCCGAGAUCCUCGCCGGUACUGCGGCCGCGGUGUGGUGUUUUUCGGAGACCAAUGCCACGGCGGAAGUAGCGGCCGGCGAAGGGGGGGCGGCAGCGACCAUGCGCGGAGCGUCCAACGAGUUCGCGAGUCGGUGUCGGACCGUCAUCGAGGCGGUGCUUCAGCGGGCGGCCUCCCGGGUGGUCGUCGUAGGGGAGGUCGCCGAAACGGUGACGAAGGACCUGCAGGCGGCUGUGGUGAGGUCGCUGCCUGAGGUCGGAGAGGAGCGCGAGCACGACGAGCUGAUCGCCCGUGUCAUGAUAGAGAACCUCGCCUUCUGGGGGGACUGCAAUGUCGGAGGCCCGAAGCUCAAGGCUCGCGGCGUCGAUUUGCCUAUCGGCCCCCAGAUGAAGAUUAUCAUUCGGGACAGGGGGACGAGGGGGCAGCAGCACAAAGGGAAGCAGGUCGCCGACACCUAG